AUGGUUGGUUCAGGUAAAUGCAAAAUUAUUUUACCCUGUGUUAAAGUGUGAGGCAUUGUAAAAUUGUCGUUGAAACAUAGUUUUAUCUUAUUCGAGAGGUGUCUAUGUUGGAGAGAUGUCUGUAUUAGAGAGGUGUCUGUAUACCGACUCCUCUCUAAAACAGACACCUCUCUAAUACAGACACUCUCAAACACAGACACCUCUGUAAUACCAUAUUUGUUAUUUAGACCAAGUUCUUUGUGUCAGAAAACGAAGAGAUUACUGAAACAUACAAAGGCAGGACAGGAGUGAAACUUGGCAUUCCUAUUGUAUCAUUGUUAUUCAUUGAUGACUGCGCACAACAACAGAAAUUACUGGACAGUGAUGAAUAUCUGUUGGUUGGAAAAUCUGCUUCCAAACAUUUCUCAUCGGGCAUUAUAAAAGGUAACGAGUAAUGUAUUAUUAGGAGUCUGAGAUGUGACAAUGAUAUGUAAUUGCAUCUAAAAAGUUGUUUUGCUGAUAAUUGUUUUUAGCAAAUGUCCAGAAACCAAGUGAUGCUAAGGCAAAAUUACUAAAACCCUUGUCGUUUGCAAAUCUGAAAUCUACAAGGUAAUUGAUGUAUAUUUCAUUGAUAUUGUGAUUGUUUUAGUAUGGAGAUAUGGCAAAGCCCAUCUGCUCUCGAACAUGCUGCAGAGAUUAAAUUUAUUUUCAAUCCCAGUAAUUUAUGCUUGUGAGUAAGUGGAGGAGACCUAAGCUGAAUUACGAAUGACACAACUCAACCUGAUUGAGGCAAAGGUUUUCUAAAGGCACCUCUGGCAGUUGUGUUUCUUUGUAAGACCGCCAUAGAUUUGACUCCUAGCAGAAGGUCUCUAGUAGCAUUUUUCGUAACUGCUUCUGGUUAAGUCUUAAUAUAUGUAUAAAAUUUAGACUUAAAAUUUCCAUCUAUAAAAAUCUUCAACAAUUAGUUAUGUCGAUUGACAUGUCCAAAGUCAUGACAUUUAUCCAAAAUAUUAAUCACAUGUAAAAUAUUUUAUUUAGAGUUUAUUUAUACAAUCAAGAGAGUUAUACCGUUCCUUUCUUUCCAACGCAUGAAUAUGAAAUCAUUAAGUAUGCUUGGUUCAAGGUAAAUGGAAAAUUAUUUUAGCCUGUGUAAAAGUCUAAUGCAUUGUGAUAUUGUCGUUGAAAAAUAGUUUUAUCUUAUAUUUUUUGAUAAUUUGUUAAAGAAAACUGACAAGAAUGGUUCAAGUCGUUUUGUUGCAAUUGAGUUGCAUGUUUCUACCGCCUCAGGACGUGCGAGUGAUGAGAAGCCACGACCUUUACAUCGUAUAUUCACUCAUCUUGGAGUCAUUCAGAAGGUUUGUUCUGUCAGAAAUAUUGAGUAGAUCAAGGGUGUUUAGGAUAUAACGAAUGGUCUAUACCAUUAUAUAGGUACUGACAUUAUAUAGGUUCUGGUGUUUAGAAAACAAGUACAGUAGCUUGAUGUUUUUUUGAUCUGUCAUCGCGCCGUCAAGUUGUCCCGGAAUCCCAUUAUCGAUAUAUCUCUGUUUUCAUUUUUAAAAAUUUCUGAAACUGUUUCAUUUGUUCCAGGGUGUUGUUGUGGAUGGUAAACACGAGACAAGAAAGGAAUGUCGUUUUACAUCCAAUUCAGACAGCGCACAACAGUUGUAUUCAUUACUUUGUGAACAACAACAGUCUGAAUAUCGUCAACAAUUGUCAGUUUUUCCUUCUGCUGUUGGUUCAAACAAAAUGAUCUCUGUAAGUUUUAUAAUUUGUAAGAAAUAACGGCCCGUUAAUGGACAAUGUCCAGCUAGAAUAUGGAGUUGUCCAGACAAAUUAUUACCUUGACCAGUUAAUAUAAGCUCUUUGAAAAGGGAGUUCUGCUGUUUGAACAGGGAGUUCUGCUAUUUGAAAAGGGAGUUUUGCUAUUUGAACAGGGAGUUUUUCUAUUUGAAAAUUUUCCCGUUCUGCUAUUUGAAAAGGGAGUUCUGCUGUUUGAAAAUUGAGUUCUGCUAUUCGAAAAUUGAGUUCUGCUAUUUGAAAAGGGAAUUUUGUUAUUUGAAAAGGGAGUUUUGCUAUUUGAAAAGGGAGUGUUUCUAUUUAAAAAGUGUGUUUUGCUAUUUGAAAACGAGUUCUGCUAUUUAAAAAGAGGGUUCUGUAAUUUCAAAAGCGAGUUCUGCUAUUUGAAAAGCGAGCUCUGCUAUUUGAAAAGGGAGUUUUUCUAUUUGAAAAGGGAGUUCUGCCAUUUGAACAGGGUGUUCUGGCAUUUGAAAAGGGAGUUAUGUUAUUUGAAAAGGGAGUUUUGUUAUUUGAAAAGGGAGUUCUGUUAUUUGAAAAGGGAAUUCUUGCGUUUGAAAAAGGAGUUCUGGUCCUGUAGGAAGAACAGUUUAGAACUGCAUGAUAGAGCUAUCCAGUAUAAAUAAAGUUAGUUUAGUUUAGGUUUCCUCCUGUAGUAACACUGGAUCAAUAGGAGAUGAUCCUUACUGGUCCUCUAGGAAGAACAGUUUAGAACUGAUAGAACUAUCCAAUGGAAAUAAAGUUAGUUUAGUUUAGGUUUCCUCCUGUAGUAACACUGGAUCAAUGAGGAGAUGAUCCUUACUGGACCUCUAGGAAGAACAGUUUAGAACUGAUAGAACUAUCCAGUAUAAAUUAAGUUAUUUUAGUUUAGGUUUCCUCCCGUAGUAACACUCGAUGUUGAUCCUUACUGGACUUCUGGGAAGAACAGUUUAGAACUGACACCAGAUCAAUAACUGAUUUAAAUUUUAACUAAUUUUUAGAACAACAUAUCAAGUCAAAUAUCCAACAAAGAUAGUUUAUCGCCUUCCCUCAUAGCGCUGGUUCACGGGACUUGGUCGGAUGCAAUUGGCGAGCUAAUAUCUUUACUGAGCGUCUCUGUUGAACGACUUAAACUCCAGGAUAUCGGCAAAGCCGAGGGAAUUUUACCAGCUAUACGUGAAAUAUUAGACAAAAAGAGGACAAUCGCAAGAAAAUUUGAAGAAAUAUUCAGAUGAGUUUUACUCUCUUAUUCCGCACAAUGAAAAAAAACAAACACGAAAGAAAUCAAUACACAGCGAGUUAUUGCUGAAAAACAAGAUCUCUGUCAGGUAUGUUUUGAUUGACUUGAUGUAGGAGAAGCUUUCUGAUUGGUCAGGUGAAC